AUGAGGCAAUUGCAAGAUAUCCUGUUGACGAAGAAGCAAGCUGUACCACCCGAUGUAAUACUACGAAGAGAAAGAAAAUGGAUACAGAUGUUGAACAACUGGAACAUUUUCAUGACUACCAAUUAUCGCAAGGUUCGUGAGAGAUGCCGCAAAGGUAUACCGCCUUCCGUAAGACUGCGCGCUUGGUUAAACCUCUGUGGCGGUCAACUGUUGAUGAAUGAGAACCCGAAUCUAUAUGAAGAACUCAUUAAGAGGUCUGGCGACCCGAAGUAUAUAGAAGACAUCAAGAAGGAUCUUCAUCGUCAGUUCCCUCACCAUGAAAUGUUUGUCGAGAAUGCACCCGGCCAGCAGGAACUAUUCCAAGUGCUGAAGGCAUAUUCCAUUUUGAACAGCAAAGUGGGCUACUGCCAAGCCCAAGCGCCCAUCGCUGCGUUCCUGCUGAUGCACAUGCCAGCGGUACAAGCGUUCUGGUGCCUUGUAGCGAUAUGCGACAAGUAUCUCGUCGGUUACUACAGUCAAGGCAUGGAAACAUUGCUGCGCGACGGGGAUAUUCUGUUCGCCCUUCUGAAGAGAGUCUCGCCCGUUGCAUACAAACAUCUAAAAAAACAAAAAAUGGAUCCGAUCUUGUACAUGACCGAAUGGUUCUUGUGCGUUUACACACGAACGUUACCGUGGGAAAGUAUUUUGCGUGUAUGGGACAUGUUUCUUUGCGAAGGCGUGAAAGUUAUCUUCAAAGUCGGUCUCGUAUUAUUGAAAAGUAGUUUGGGUCGUUCGUCGCUUACCAAACGUUGUCCAACGACAUACGAAACUCUCCAAGUUCUAAGAAAUCCACCUCAGCAUAUCAUGGAGGAAGAGGCGUUGGUUUAUCAGAUCCAGAGGUUGAAUUUGAGCGAGGAAGAUUUCGAGUACGAACAUCAAAGACAACUAUUGAGAAGGAAGGCGGCGGAUCAAGCGGCUCUUUCUACUGCCAAUCGAACUGACUGACGAUUAAAUAAUUAGACAGAAACAUGGAGCGAAUUAUACCCUUAUACGUAUACUGUCCCAAAGUGUGCCUUCCCUUUCGUUCUUCUGACACUGCGUAGAUCCUACAAUUUAAACGUUCACAGUUGUCUCGCGCUACAGAGAUGGAAGAUCUAACGAAAAAACGUGUAGGUACGUACACUUGCAAGCUAGAAAAAGUAGUUUUCGUACACCUCGCGCACACAUACUCACAUACGUACACAUCCACAUUCCUUGAGCAGUAGGAGUACAUUAUUUAUCUCAACUUCCUUUAUUACAAUAUAGUACGCGUACUAUAAGAGAAAGCACAAUAUUUAUAGACUUAUAGUACUAUUUAACGGUAUUUUCUCAUCGAUAUAUUUCUAGUUAGCGAUAAUGACCCUCGUGGCUACAUUAUCGAUAUUUAUGUACAAAAAUUUAUCGCAUUUUUAAAUAAAAUAUAAUAUAUGAUAAUGUUACUACAAAUAAAUAUUAUCUUUCGUUAA